AUGGCGGCCGCCGAGGACGAGCAGCCGGCGGCGAGCGGGGAGGGAGAGCGGCUGGAUUUCCUGCGGGACCGGCACGUGCGGUUCUUCCAGCGCUGCCUGCAGGUCCUGCCCGAGCGCUACUCCUCGCUGGAGACCAGCAGGUUGACAAUUGCUUUUUUUGCACUCUCUGGUCUGGACAUGUUGGAUUCCUUAGAUGUGGUGAACAAAGAUGAUAUAAUAGAAUGGAUUUAUUCCCUGCAGGUCCUCCCCACAGAAGACAGAUCAAAUCUAAAUCGCUGUGGUUUCCGAGGCUCUUCAUACCUGGGUAUUCCAUUCAAUCCAUCCAAGAAUCCUGGAACAGCUCAUCCUUAUGAUAGUGGCCACAUAGCAAUGACCUACACUGGCCUUUCAUGCUUAGUUAUCCUUGGAGACGACUUAAGCCGAGUAAAUAAAGAAGCUUGCUUAGCAGGCUUGAGAGCCCUUCAGCUGGAAGAUGGAAGUUUCUGUGCAGUACCUGAAGGCAGUGAAAAUGACAUGCGAUUUGUCUACUGUGCUUCCUGUAUUUGCUAUAUGCUCAACAACUGGUCUGGCAUGGAUAUGACAAAAGCUAUCAACUAUAUCAGAAGAAGUAUGUCCUAUGACAAUGGGCUGGCACAGGGAGCUGGACUUGAAUCUCAUGGAGGAUCAACUUUUUGUGGCAUUGCAUCACUUUGUCUGAUGGGUAAACUGGAAGAAGUUUUUUCAGAAAAAGAAUUGAACAGGAUAAAGAGGUGGUGUAUAAUGAGACAACAAAAUGGUUACCAUGGAAGACCUAAUAAACCUGUGGACACCUGUUAUUCUUUUUGGGUGGGAGCAACUCUAAAGCUUCUGAAAAUUUUCCAAUACACUAACUUUGAGAAAAAUAGAAAUUACAUCUUAUCAACUCAGGAUCGCCUCGUAGGCGGAUUUGCCAAGUGGCCAGAUAGUCACCCAGAUGCUUUGCAUGCAUACUUUGGGAUCUGUGGCUUGUCGCUAAUGGAAGAGAGUGGAAUUUGUAAAGUUCAUCCUGCCCUGAAUGUAAGCACACGAACUUCAGAACGCCUGCAAGAUCUCCAUCAGAGCUGGAAGACUAAGGACUCUAAAUCAUGCUCAGAGAAUGUCCACAUCUCCUCAUGACUGACUGUAGAUGGUGGGCGGGGGUUGGUAGCAUAACUGUAGCUCAAGGUUUAAAAGCCAUGUGUAACCAAGUGUGCUCUUUUUUUAAGAGGUAGAGUCUUACAAUCAAAUCUCACACUGAUGUCACUUUGGGAUAUGGUCUUGAGCCAGUAAUCUUUGUACUGGGUUUCAAGGAUAUCUUUGUUGAAGUUGGAACCACAGUGGACUCUAUUGUGGUUCUUUAAUGUUUAUAUUAAAUUUCUAAGAAGUUCUUUGAGGCAAAUUAACUAUGUAUGGAGGUUACCUUUUUAAGAGAACUCUUAAAUACAAAUUGUAUCAUAUUAUAAAAUGGAUACAAAUCUUCAAAACAAGUUUACAGUUCAUCAUAGCAUUGAUAAUCUUUGGGUGAACACUUAGUGAUCAUUUAGAACGUUGACUGCUGGUGGUAGAAAAUUGCUUUAAUGAAUUAAGUAUCUGGGAUUGUCCUUUGAAAAUAGAUGAUCCCAUAAUUUUUUAAAGAAGAAUGAUUUAUUUUAAGUAAAGUGUGCCAAUUAAAUUUAUGUGGUCUUAUGAAUGAAAUUAAUGUCAUGGCAAGAGUUGGUAGGCUUAACUAACACAGUAAUUUUUUAAGGGAAGAUUGUUUGAAGAAGACUAUUAUGUAACUGAGGGAAAAUCAUUUAACUACACGUGAUUGUGAAUGGGAUAUUUUUGUGCUACGCAGGUCUUUUAUUUAGAUGUUGCCUGGGUAAAUAACACUUAUGUUUGAUUUUAAUCCCAAAUAAUUAGUUGCUUUCUUUUUUCUUUCUGGGGAGAAAACAGUCUUCUCUACAAGGAAAGACAUUUAGUGCUUCUGAUUAUUUUUCUGAAGUAUGUGAUAUUUUAAAUUAUAUUUGUACUUUUGUACCUGAGUUAUUUUUAAGUCACUUGCAUUUUUUUUUUAGUUUGUUGCUCCCAAUAUGUUAGUUGCUCUCAUUUCAAACUGAUAAUUUUAUAAUUUUUCAAAUUAAAUAAGUAAAAAUUUUAAGUCAAAACAGAACCACUCAAGUAAAUUUAAUUGUGCCGUUCCAUACAUGGUCAUUUAUAUUUUUAUAUUUUCAGAUAAAUGGGAGAGAAAUAUAUACCAUUUAGGUGUUAAGGAUGAACUUUCACUUUUCUUUAUUCUGUGGACUAGAUCAUUGUAAAGGAGGUAGUGUAAAACUUCAUUAGUAAUCCAUUUCUCAGUAAAUCAGUGACACUCAAAGAUAUGUUUGCUACUAAAAUAGAGAAGGCUAUCACCUCACUGAAGGAGCUGGUUGUAAGUAAAUAAAUGUUGAAUUUUUCACUCUAUAAAUAUCAGUAUGAAAGCUAAAUUACUAGUAUCACCAUUAGGUGUUAUAAUAUUUCAUUGUUUUUCCUAAAUUGAAGGAAAAAACACCUGUAAACAAUGCUCCUUCCCAAAGAAAACCUAAGUAGGUACUUGGGAAAACUAUUCAUUUAUAUUUGACAUUGCUUAAGUUUAUUUUUUGACUUGCUUAAGUUUAAACUUGCAUUAGCCAAUGUUAACUCUUUUUUUGUUGGAAGUGAAAUCAAUCUUCUGAAUGGUGGAGAAGAAGUAAGUUUAACAUGCUUUCUGUGAAUUGUUCCACUUGCUUUGAUUUAAAUUGUGACAAACUAAGAUAUCCAUAUUUCAAACUAAGUCAUCUCUUAGACAUUGAGAGUUAAAAUAGCACAUAUGGAAUGGCUUUAAAACUAAAAAUUCCCAGUUGAUUUUCCUGAAUUGUUGCUAAUGAUUGACUGGUAAGCAAUCAAAUUAGUAACCAUAUUCAUAAAUAAAAAAGAAUUCCAAUGUAAAAGUAUUUCAUGAAACUAUUAGAAAAUAUUUUUAACCCCUUGUUAACUAGCACAGUUAUAAAUUAACAUGUGAGUGUAAUUGAUAAACUUGUGAGAAACCUUGAAACUUUAUGCAUCAGUGAAUGUUCACAUCCCACAGUUGAAUACUGACCAAAAAAUAUCAGGUCAGUGUGAAUUUGGAGACACUACUCCUCACUUUCUCUAAAUAGUUAUUUAUAAGAAAAGUACUUAUUAGUAAAUUAUAAGCAUAAUUUUAUAUAAUAUACUUUAAUGGUAGAGAUAUAAUGAGAAGGGAAGUAUGAAAUUCCAGAAUCUUGAGUAAGUAUUUCCUCUAUCUCCACUCGCCCCCCUUUUAUUUUACUAGACAGGAGAAACGUAGUUUUAAGCAUCUGCAGAAAAACAAGGUUAGUCCGGUCGUAUAGCACAAGUCCACCUAUGUAGUGGUUUUAGAUUUGACCUGUAAUAUGUACACAUUUCUAAGAGAUCAUUAAGUAGCUAUUUAUAAAUAUUUAAAUUCAAAUAGAGGUUUUGCUGGUAGUGUCACAUAAUUUGAAAAGUGCUGGACCUGGUAGUAUUUGAAAAAUCACUUUAGUACAGAGGUGCUCUGGAGUCCAAGGACAAAGGUUCAGGUCCCUGUAAUAGACACCAGUUCAGCUCUGUGUGUCUUAUAUCCUACCUUGCCCAGUGGCAAGAUGAGGAAAAGGUAAAAUGCAACUCUCAGGUGGUUUGAGGAUUAAAUAAGAUAAUACCUUGGCAUAGUACCUUAAAUAUAGUAAGUACCUAACUGUAAUUCCUGUCACAACCAUUGUAAAAUUAUUCUUAAACCUUUUCUAUAAUAGGAAGAGAUCUCACAAAGUUUAAACUCAGGAAAGUGAAUGGCAGCUGUGUAGAUUUUGAAUCUCCCCACAAGGUAAGUAGGAUAACCACAGACCCUAGGCUAAACUAAAUGACAAGGUGUCCCCGUGAACCACAAAAUACAACUAAGUGAGAACAAACCCCUGACAUAUUUUCAGCAUCUGUGUGGGAGGAAGUGGGAGGAGGCAGCUGCUUGACACCCUUGACAAUAGGACUGUCCUUUGCCCUGGUUUCCUCACCUAGUGCAGUGGGCCAGUCCGAGAACAGAAGCUAUAAGUGGGAGGCCUUCUACAGGUGCCCAUUGGCACGUAAGUGUUGUGGCAAUAGAAUAAUAUAAUAAGGCCCCGUGGUUAUGCUUGAGCAGUCUGGGCCCAGUCCUUAGACCUCUUAAAAUGAAUGAAAGCCCAGCACUGAGGAGAAACUUCUAGAAUUAGAAUUCAAAUUGGGCAGUAAGGUGCAGUAGGACAGAGAGAGUCCAAAUGCAUGUUGAAGGACACUAUCCACAGAUACACACAUAGUUACAUGUAAUCUUGUAAGUCACAUUGUAGAAAUGAAAAGGGAGCUUUUGGGCCAUUGAGCUAAUAAGAAAAGUCAUCCUAGAUCUUCCCUUCCUCCUAAAAGAACAGGAGAACUUUCAUUUCACUAAAAAAGGUAGCUAAGAAGUAUUACAGUCAACUCCCAUUUAAUGUUAUAGGAAACUAAGCCAACCAGCUUUCCCAUAGUGAAAACAUGCCGCAAAGGCAUGAUUACCUGACUGAUGAAGACCUGAUUUUUUAAAAAUUCUAAAAGCAGGGAAUUUAUAGUUUUCGAAACUGUUAAUAAAAAUGUGGUUAGCUGAAAAUUAACCAAGUCUUGAAAAUGAGGAAAAAUAAACUACAAGUGGGAGGGAAUUAUUAAGAGCAGGUUUGGGUGUGGGAGAGUUAGGGAGACAAUCCACUAGCUAAACUAUUUGAGAGAAAAGGGAGGAAAGAGUUAAAUGACAAGUUUCAUAAAAUGUAAGACUACUUUAAAUAAUGUUUUGUCAUUAGGUUUUUUAGAAAAAUGCACAAUUACCCUAGUAGAAACAAAUUCAAAACAAAAAUUACUUUAGAAGAAACGAAUGAUUAAAGGACCCCUUGCCAAAAAAACCAGUCAGGACCAGAUUGCCACCAAAUUUUUUUAGAUUAAGUAAUCCUGGUGGUUUAGCAAUUCCCGAGGCCAGAUAAAGAAUGUUCAAAGUCAAAAUGCAAAAUAAUUCUAAAACUUAUGAAAUUAUUUCGUAAAGUAAAUGUAAUAACAUUGUUUCCAAAGUCUGACAUAGAUUGUACCAAAGAAUGUAGUCAUUAUUUUAAAUAUCAAAGCAAAAGAUUGACAUUAGCAAAAAAGCCAACAGCUCUCAAAAAGUAACAAAUCAUGACUAAACAUGAUUUGUUUAGGACUGUACUAUUGUGUAUUAGAAUGUAAUAUUAGACAACCAUUAAUAUUCAUCAUUACAAGGAGAAAAGUACAAUUGUAUCCAUCCUUGUAGAAAAGGAAUGUUAGAAUUAAGCACUUAUUCAUGUUAAAUAUACUCAGUCAGUAUAAUUUUGAGUAUAUAUUUGUGACUAAUUCAUUAAUGCUAUCCCAGAAACAUCAUCAUAAUGGCAAAAACAAAAGAGGCUUUCCAGCUAAAUUCAGGGAGAAGACAUAGGCCCACUCACCACUUAACUCUGUGUUGGGGUUUUAGCCAAGGAAGUUUGACCAAAGAAACAAAAAGAAAAAAAACCCCAGACCUGUGAAUUACACACAAGGAGGUGAAACUGGCAGCUCUCCUGCCCACCUGAGGCUAUGCAGGUGCCUUUUUCUUUUUUUUUUUUUAAAGAUUUAUAUUUAUGCAUACAAGAGCUGGGGUACAGGCCAGAGGUGUGGGGGGUGAGAGGAUUCACCAGAGACAGAGUGGGGAACAGAAUAGGCGGAUCUACUGAAAUACACUGCUGAGGGGAGCAGCGGGUGAGACAGGCGAGGUCUGCUGCGCCAUGUGGGUUUCCCCUUGGCUGGCCGGGUAUCAAACUUGUGCUGCAGAGGCUUCGGGACAGCUUCGUAGGUUGCGUCUUAACCCCUUGCGUCACCAGGGAGGCCCAGGUGCCUCUUUUUCUUUCUCCUUUACCUAAUAAACCUAUCCUCUAAAAAUGUAAAAAAAAAAAAAAAAAAAAAAGAGAUGGAACUAUUUGCACAGACUUUUAUAUUCUAGAUAUAUUUAUAUCUAGAAAACCACAAGGAAUAAGAACUUAGUAAAAUAACACUACUACAUCUUACACAGAAAUAUCAGUAGUAGCUUUCACCAGAUUAAAAACAAACAAAAGUCCUGAUUCCAUUUAGAUGAAGUUUCAAACAGGUAAAAUGUAUAGUGUCAUAAAUCAGUACCCCUUUCAGGCCCUCCCAAAGAUAAGCACUAUCAUAACUUAAAUUACCAUUCGUUAGUUUCGUCUGUUUUUGAACUUUAAGCAUGUGAAAUUGUAACAUACACAUUAUUUUUUAGCCGGCUUCUUUAGGUUAACAAGGACUGGAAAUAUACGAAGGCGGCUCCUUUGGUGCUGGGAACCUCCUAUCUCCUGAGUCAGGUGCUGGUACACAGGUGCAUUCACUCUGGGUAUUUAUCAAAUUGUACACUUAACAAUUUGUG